CUUGCCACAAAAAAUACAUCGUACAUUCUCCUCCCUUUUCCACCACAUCCCACUGACGUCUACCCAGAAAGACGAAACAAUGUCUCACACCCACGGCCCCGCCCCCAACGCUACCUUCCCCGCCAUCAUCUGGCAUCCCUCUUUCGCCCCCGGCCAGCAAGGCCAAGGCGGUAAGAGCAAUGGCGCCGGCCAAGUCGACUCUUCCAACGUCCUCAGGCCUUGGGCUCCUGCCGGGGAUGGUAUCCAUGGCGCUACUAACGGCGUCUCCUCCCUCUCCCUCUCCGACAACCAACAGAAUCCCCCUGCGUCUUACGUCGCUUACCCCGAACUCACCUGCCUCCACUGCCUCGGCGCCAACCCCCCGGGCAAGCUCGGUUACGUCGUCUCUUACGUCCCCGCCGACGCCCAAGGCAACCCGCUCCCUCCCAACUCGUCUUCUUCUUCCACCAAGGGUACGACGCAUGCACUGCCGAAUGGUAGUGGCUCCAACGUCAACUUUUCGUCUACCACCUCGGCGUUGGGAGAUGACCGCCGUGGACGUGGACGCGGGGCGGACCAAGGGCAAGAGCGCAGGCAGAGGUCGACCAGUGCGUUUAGGGCUGGAGAGAUUUUGGGAGGGAAGAGUUAUGUGCCGGAUGAGGGAGAGGAGGACCAGGUUGGUGACAUUGAGUAAAAAGGAAAAAAGCAUGGGUUGUUUUCACCGAAAGGGUCGUUCUUUCAUUCAAAGGGUUGAAGUAGCUGGUGUAUAGUGGUAGCAUGAGGUACAGAAGCAU